AUGGACAAUGACACUGGGUUACCUGUCGAAGAGAACUCAACCAUCGCAAGUACCAUGCUGACCUCCCAAAUGGCCAAGGGCUUGCUUCCCACCAGCAUCCUCCCGUAUGCUGACACAGGCCUCCCCACCAGCGGGGAUGGGCCUCAUCUCAGCAGAGCCUGGAACAGCUCCCAGGGCAGCCAGCAACUCUUCCUCACCACCCCCCUGGCCCGGGGCAUCUCGGGAUUCUUUGUGUGGUCAGCCCUGGUGCUUACCUGCCACCAGAUCUACCUGCACUUGAGGUUCUACACGGUGCCCAAUGAGCAGCGCUACAUCAUCCGCCUUCUUUUCAUCGUACCCAUUUACGCCUUUGACUCGUGGCUCAGCCUCCUCCUCCUGGGAAGCCACCAGUACUACGUCUAUUUCAACUCAGUGCGGGACUGCUAUGAGGACCCUGAGACAGGAGUUUGGGAAAGUGGGGGAUUGCUGGGGAUUUGCGUGGCGGGAAGAGCGAUCUGGGAAUGUCCUCUCUGUCUUGGCAGUCCCCGCACUGGCUAUCUCUACGUCACCAUUGUCUACAACUUCUCGGUGAGCCUGGCCCUGUAUGCCCUCUUCCUCUUCUACUUUGCCACCAGUGACCUUCUCCAACCCUUUGAGCCCGUCCUCAAGUUUCUCACCAUCAAGGCCGUCAUUUUUCUCUCCUUCUGGCAAGGGAUGCUGUUGGCCAUCCUGGAAAAGUGUGGGGUGAUCCCAGAGGUGCAGAUCAUUGAUGGGAAUGAGGUGGGGGCUGGGACAGUGGCUGCUGGCUACCAGAACUUUAUCAUCUGCAUCGAGAUGCUCUUUGCAUCCAUUGCCUUACGCUAUGCCUUCACAUGCCAAGUGUACUCGGAGAAGAAGGAAAACUCACCAGUGACCGUGGCUCCCAUGCAGAGUAUUUCCAGUGGGCUCAAGGAGACCAUAAGCCCUCAAGAUAUUGUCCAGGAUGCUAUCCACAACUUCUCGCCUACCUACCAGCAGUACACUCAGCAAUCUAUGCAGGAGGUCAAAAUACAGGGGCAGAAUGGGAACUCAGCCCCGACUGUCCAUCUUCCUGGAGGGAAAAAGAACAAAAACAUAGAAAAGAGGAUGCUGAUCCUGUCCGAUGAGCUGUAGGGAAGCCUUCAAGGAAGCAAGGACUUCAGACCCAGGGAGAGCCUUCCAAGGACUUCCCUUUUGCUCAAGGAGCUGCUUUUGGACAGUAGUCAACAUACCCCAAGUACAUGUGAACUUUGGGGGAGGGGGUGGUACAAACCCUC